AUGACCCUUCGCAACCACAGCAACAACGACUCCUCCUCUUCCGACGGCCAGCGCCAUGGCAGCACCGGCGCCGACUCGACGAGAAGCAACGACACCGUGCGCGGGCCCUUCUCCAGCUUCGCAACGGUACGAGGCGCGCCUCUGAAGCUGCACACCAAGAGACAGCACCUCGACCGGCAAGACUCAGAGGUCUCACCCGGCACCAUCUUACCCAAGCCCGCCCCCUCCAACGCUCGCGCAAACAUCGCACCAUGGGAAGACCACUCGCCGCCGCCCGACCCCAAUAUCCCCUCUAUCAAUCGACAGCCUCCCAGCGCGACCCCCAUGGCGUGGAGCCACAACGACCGACCCGACCGACCGACGCAGUUGCCGCAGUCCAUCUUCGGGGGAAGUUACUUCAACGACAGCAGUGAGAAUCUCGGCCAGGUAUCGCCAGGCUUCACGCCAGGAAAUGGCAUGAACUUCCCAGGGGAAGGUGAAGAUCGAAGACCGUCCAUCGCCAGCGCCACCACCGUCUCGUCGACCGGCUCCAAGAACAGCAUAAGCGGAAGAGUGCACAAAAAGCUGCAGGGGUUCUUUGGGGAAGAUGUACAAGGCCAGAUCACUGAUGGGAAGGGGAGCAGUCGGCAGAACUCAGAGACAAGCUCGAUGCAGAAUGGACAGCUGCCGCCUUUUGCGCCGGGUGGUGGGUCGGGCAGGAAUCGAAACAAUUCCAUGAACGAUGCCAUCUUGCGCAGUGGACCGCCUAGCCCUUCGAGUUCGAGACCGCGAACACCUGCGCCGCAACCGAGUAGUGAAGUUACGCCGUGGGUGUUUCAGGAUACAGAGAACCCGCCACCUUCGCACGACUCCUUCCAGCAAGACGAUCGCAAUGGCCGUACCCCAAAGAACUCGACUACCUCUCGAUUACAUCUUCCUGGCCACAGGCAUAAUCGCAGUACUGACGAAAAGCAGAGUACCGGCCUUGGCUUUCCUCUACGACCCUCAACCAGUCGAGAGCAGUCGUUCAAUAUCAUGCGCCGCGAUGGUAACACCUCCUCGGCCAUGAGUUCCGCACUCAACCUCAAACCUGCGCGAUCGUCAAGUCCGGCGCGGAGUACCCAUAGCGCGACCAACCAGCAAUCGAACCAGCGCUCGCCAUCAGGGGCAGGCCACAAGAGAUCACUCUUCGACCGUGUAACUGGGCGGCAUAAGAAGGAUGGCACGACUCCUGAAAACUUGCAGUCGAACUCGGUCACCUCGUUACCCGGCCUGCAGCCAUCUCUCACGAAACCGCGCUCAGACAGCAAAGCGACGGCUAGGCCUAGCAAGGCCAAGCCUGAACCCCCAAAUGGAGAUGCGAAGUCCAAGAAAGAGCAUGGCAGUAGGCUACCUUUCAAGAAGAAGGCUACGACAGAUGUCUUGGAAACGACCAAUAAACCCGUCAAAGACCCUAAUGCGUCUCAUAACCAGGAUGGCCAUGCGCUGUGGCACCUCGACACAGACAUGUCGCACAUGGAGGGUAUUGUGGAUCAUCGAGCUCCAAUGACACCCCCGCAGAACGACAUAUACACCGGAUGGCCUCCUGAGCAGCCGCAGCCAGUCCCAGAAACCGUGAGUGAAGAAAAAGGGACCUGGGACGCACCUGAAAGUUGGGCUGUCAGUAAAGUUGCGGACGAAAACAUGCGCAGGCUCACCGAACUGGAUGACGAUGGCAACGUAGCAAAGGACGAUGAACCUGGAUCGAUGUUCUUCAUGCGAAUCUUCCGGGCUGACAGCACCUUUGCCGUGAUAUCUGCCAGCUUGAACACGACGGCCGCGGAACUGAUAUCCAUGAUGGCAAAGAAGACGUUUUUACAAGACGAACUGGACAAAUAUCAAAUCGUCAUGCGCAAACAGGAUACCAGUCGGCAGCUGGCCCCGGGUGAAAGACCUCUUGUCAUGCAAAAGCGAUUGCUGGAGAUGGCGGGAUACCAGGACAAUGACCAUCUGGAAGACCUCGGACGGGAAGACCAUGGGUACCUUUGUCGUUUCACCUUUUUGCCAUCCAAGAUGAGCGGAUACUCUAGUCUGGAGCGCGAUCCUGGAUUCAACAAGAUGCAACGAUUCAAUCAUAUCGAUCUGUCCGGACGGAACUUGAUCACAAUCCCCAUUACACUGUACCAGAAGGCCACGGAGAUCAUUACCCUGAACCUUUCGAGGAAUUUGACCUUGGAUAUCCCCAAAGAUUUCAUUCAGGGCUGUACGCAGCUUCGUGAGAUCAAGUAUACCAGCAAUGAGGCGUGGAAGUUACCCCCUAGUUUGUCCCUCGCGGGCAAGUUGACUACCUUGGAUAUAUCGAACAAUCGACUGGAACAGCUCCAGCAUGCGGAACUGCAAAGACUCCAGGGGUUGCUGAGCUUGAAGUUGUCGAACAACAAGCUGACCACGGUCCCCUCAUAUUUCGGGCAGUACAGAGCAUUGCGGAGUCUCAACUUGUCCUCAAAUUCCUUGACCGACUUCCCGGAUGCUUUGCGACAGUUGACGACACUGGUUGAUCUCGAUAUCAGCUUCAACUCGAUUUCCUCCCUUGGUGAUGUGUCCACGUUGACCAAUCUUGAAAGACUGUGGGCUACGAACAACAGACUUUCCGGCCCCUUUGAUCAGUCCUUCCGGGCACUCGAGAGUCUGCGGGAGAUUGAUGCCCGCUUCAAUGCCAUCUCGGACAUCAGCGUCGUGUCACAGCUUCCCAAACUGGAGGCGCUGAUGCUUGGCCAUAACUCCGUUUCCCAGUUCGAGGGGUCUUUCAAUUGCCUCAAGGUGCUCUUCCUCAACCACAAUCCCGUGACUAACUUCGAUCUCAAUGCUCCUGUACCGACCCUGUCCGUCCUCAAUCUGGCCUCUGCCAAGCUGGCUCGCUUGCCCGACGCGCUCUUCAUGAAGAUGUCUGGCCUUACCAAACUGACUAUCAGCAAGAAUCAUUUUGUCUCGCUUUCACCACACUUUGGCCUGCUUGCGAAACUCGAGUACCUCAGCAUUGCGAAGAACGAACUCAGCAGACUGCCGGCGGAGAUCGGCCGCUUGACUGAGUUGAGGUAUCUGGAUGUGCGAGAGAACAAUCUCAGCAUGCUGCCUCCUGAGCUUUGGCUUGCAAAGAGGCUGGAAACUCUUAACGUCUCGUCAAAUGUGCUGGCAGAGUUCCCGAAGCCUGGCGCGCCCUUGCCACCCCUACCUGACACGACCUACACCGUGACUCCAAGCCAACUGCCUAACCAGUCCAGUCCGGAUUUCGAGGAGCUCGGAAAAUUGGAAGACUUUCAACUUCGACGGCCGAGUCAAGCGUCUGGUAUGCUCAGCGCUUCCAGCUCUCCUGGCACUGCUUCCCGCAAAGGCUCUGUCGUAUCGAGCAUCUCGGGUAGACCAAUGGGCGGCAAGCCAAGCACCGCAAGCAGCUCCGGCACGAUCACGCCAGGGUCGAGAAAGGACUCGACUUUGUCUAGUAGAUUGGCCGCGACCUUCUCAACUUCCCUGCGACAUCUGUUCCUUGCCGACAAUCGGCUUGAGGACGAUGUUUUCAACGAGCUUGUGCUGUUACCAGAGCUUCGAAUCUUGAACCUGUCGUACAAUCAGCUGUACGAUGUGCCUCCGAGGACGGUCAGGAAAUGGACGCACCUUACGGAGUUGUACCUGUCUGGAAAUGACCUGACGUCGAUACCUUCAGAGGACCUGGAAGAGGGCUCGCAAUUGAAGGUCCUUCACAUCAACAACAACAAGUUCCAGGUCCUGCCGGCUGAGUUGGGGAAAGUGCAAAGAUUGGCUAUCCUCGACGUCGGCAGCAACAUGCUGAAGUACAACGUCUCCAACUGGCCUUACGAUUGGAAUUGGAACUGGAAUCGUCAGCUCCGGUAUCUGAACUUGUCUGGCAACAAGCGUCUUGAGAUCAAGCCCAGUUCACAGGCUCUCAGUGGGAGGGACCAACGAGAUCUGACGGACUUCACCUCGCUGAUCAACUUGCGGAUCCUGGGUCUGAUGGAUGUGACGCUCACUAUUCCCUCGGUACCUGACCAGGCACCUGACAGGCGUGUGCGUCUGGCGGGAUCUAUCAUUGGCAACACCAUGCCGUAUGGUAUGGCUGAUACUCUUGGACGCAAUGAGCAUCUUUCGACAUUGGAUAUGGUCGUGCCACGAUUCCGGGGACACGAGGACGAAGCAUUGAUUGGUUUGUUCGACGGACAGUCUCUAUCCUCAGGAGGCAGCAAGGUCGCCAAGUAUCUUCACGAGAAGUUCAAGCACUUCUUUAUUGAAGAGCUUGAGAAGUUGAAGACUGAUGAGACUCCCCUUGAUGCCCUUCGGCGUACCUAUCUGGGCCUCAAUAAGGAUCUUGCUACCGCAGCGACACAGGCCAUUGACUCGCGGGAGCAUCCAAGUAGUGCGCUCGUCCAUCGAGGAAGCGUGUCUGGUCCAGAACUGGGUGACGAUGACUUGACAUCUGGAAGUACCGCUACGGUCAUGUACCUGCGCGGCAUGGAGCUCUACAUGUCCAAUGUCGGAGAUGCGCAGUGUCUGCUCAUUCAAUCUGAGGGCGGUCACAGGGUCAUAACUCGCAAGCAUGAUCCAGCUGAAGCAAGCGAACGACAGCGCAUCCGGGAAGCAGGUGGCUAUGUCUCUAGACAAGGCAAGCUCAACGAUCAACUCGACAUCUCACGAGCUUUUGGAUAUGUGCAACUCACGCCAUGUGUGAUUGCAGCGCCACACGUGUGCAAGCUGGAUAUCAAGGAGUCGGAUGAGAUGAUCCUUCUGGCAUCACGCGAGCUUUGGGACUACCUCACACCUGACUUCGCCGUCGAUGUCGCGCGACAAGAGCGCGGUGACCUGAUGCGUGCUGCUCAGAAAUUGCGUGACCUGGCCAUCGCAUUCGGCGCGACUGGCAAGAUCAUGGUGAUGAUGGUCGGCGUGAGCGACUUGCGUAAACGAGAGAAGGCCCGGUUCCGAACACACAGCAUGAGCAUGGGUCCUUCUGGAUCUCCAGACGACUACUUCACGACUGUGCGCAAGGCCAAGCGACGUGGGGACGCUGUUGGUGAUUCGAAGCUUGCUCGGUUGGAUCAGGAAGUCGAUGCCCCUACUGGUGAGGUUACGCUUGUGUUCACGGAUAUCAAGAACAGCACCAUCUUGUGGGAGACGUAUCCCAUUGCCAUGCAGUCGGCUAUCAAGAUGCACAACGAGGUCAUGCGUCGGCAUCUGAGGAUCAUUGGAGGGUAUGAAGUCAAGACUGAAGGUGAUGCGUUCAUGGUCGCCUUCCCGACUGUAACCAGCGCCUUGCUGUGGUGUUUUACAAUCCAGAGUCAGCUUCUGGAAGUCCAAUGGCCGCAGGAGAUCCUCAACAGCGUUCACGGCGAGGAGAUGCAAGAUGCCGACGGCAAUGUCAUCUUCCGUGGACUGAGCGUCCGAAUGGGUAUCCACUGGGGACGACCCGUGUGCGAGAUCGAUCCCGUCACCAAACGCAUGGACUACUUCGGCCCUAUGGUCAACCGCGCGGCUCGUAUUGAGAGCGUUGCGGACGGAGGCCAGAUUUGCGUGUCAUCAGACUUCAUUCAAGAAGUCCAGAGGAUGCUCGAAAGCCACAUCGAGUCCGACCGAAGCGGAUCGACGGGUUCGGAAGAUACUCUUAGUGACGAUCUCUUGAACCAGACGAUCCGUCGCGAGCUGAGGUCGCUCUCUAGUCAGGGGUUCGAAGUCAAGGAUCUCGGCCAGCGGACACUCAAGGGCCUCGAGAAUCCUGAAUACAUCUACUUGAUGUACCCACACUCCCUGGCGUCUCGCCUGAUCGUGCAACAGCAGAAAGCCGAAGCCGAGUCGAGAUCCGCGCAGCAGGUGGAGAACGAGGCGAAGAAGACGCGGAACAGCCAGCUCACCAUCGACACGGAGAAUGUCUGGGAUCUGUGGAAUGUAUCUCUCCGCUUGGAGAUGCUCUGCAGCACGCUGGAGAAUACCGGUGUCAGGUCCCUGAAGCCGCCUGAGACGGCGCUGCUGGAGAAGAUCAAGCAUGGUGGUGGGGAGAUUACUGAUCGGUUCUUGGUGAAUUUUGUUGAGCACCAGAUCAGUAGAAUUGAGACGUGUAUCUCCACCCUCGCCAUCCGCAACAUGAUCCGGCCUUUCAAGAACGGCAUGCUCAGCCAGGCGUGUCCCAUGUCGGAAAUUCUGGGCGAUUUGACGAGUCAGCUCGAGGAGUUGAGGUCGUUGAAAGAGCAGGUGGGCGAGAUGGAUUUGAUGCCUUCCUAG